AUGUCACUUCGUAGAGAGGAUAUAUUGCACAAAUUAAAUGUAUUGAAUGAAACACAAGAAAGUAUUGUCAAAACUUCAAAAUGGAUGAUCCAACAAGUCAUAAACACAUCGAUUUCAUCUCCUAACACACCUGGUUUAGUCAGUGAUACUAUUUUGGAAUAUUUACAAAAUGAAAAGACAAAUAUAAGAAGAAAAUUGCUAACAAUAUAUUUGAUAAACGAUUUUGCCCAAUAUUGCAAAUUCAAAGGAUCAACGAAAAGUCAAUCACUUGUACAAUUAAUGGAGAUUUUAAACAAAAAUAUAAAAAGUUGUUUUCUUCAAAUUAGUGACAGAUUGAACAGUAGUCAAGAUAUUAAGGCUAAAGUACAUAGAGUUGUUAAGAUUUGGAAAGAGAGAGAAGUUUUCUCCAGCUCGGUUAUUAUGGAUUUGUUGAAAAUUACAGAACCAAGCAAUUUCAAUAAAAAAGUUGAAGGAAGUGCUAUCAUCGAUAACAGUACUACUUCUACAAUUGCAGAUGCUAGCAGUAAUAAUGAGAUACCUGCUGAAUUGAAGUUCUUGGUGGGAUUGUAUAAUCAAUUGUAUAUAAUCAAACAAAAAAAUACUAGUGGUGCUACUACCAGUAAUAGUGGUAGUGUUUCUAUCAGAUCGAAAAUAGUUGAAGAAUUAAAGCAUCUAACAGAAUUAGAAAAACAAGAAAUUGAAAAAGAACAGAAAGAAGAAAAUACUGGUGAUGGGAGUGACAUUGUUAGUAGUGAUAAUAAAAACAAUAGUAAGUAUUCUAAUAAAGAUUUGGGCCUCAUUAUAAAUAGUUUAAAUUUAAUAAAUAAUAACAACAUUAGUAGUAAUGACAUUACUAAUGCUAAUAAUAGCAUAAACCAUAACAGCAACCAGUAUACAGGUGAACUACCUACGUAUGAACAACAAAGCGAUAGUGACAGCGAUAUUGAUAGUGAUACUGGUGAUGCACAUGUUGCAAAGAGAUGUAAAUUGGAACAAAAUGGAAUAGUACAUACUGAUGAUAAUAAGGAUUUACAAGAAGGGAUAACAGAGAGUACUGAACAAACUCAAGACAUAGGUGUAGAAGAGGAAGAGAACAAGAGUAUAUUUGAAGAGGAAAAUGUAGCAGAGGUAAAUAGUAAUACAGUGACUUCUAAUUUACAGGAUUUGCUAAGUAAAUUAUCCAGUUGA